AUGGCUGCUCCAACACCCACCUGGGGUCAGAUGCACAACGAGACCAACGAGAUCUCGGAAACUCACGCCCCUCACUACGAGGAGCAACACGGUCUUCAGCAAGCUCACUCGGCUUCCGACGACGAGAAAAAGUCGCCUCUUUCCUCGCAGGAUCGUCUUGACUCUCAAGUACCAGUCACCGGCUACUACGAUGCUGAAAAGAAGGCCGUCGCCGCAGACGAGGACUACCAGGCCGAGGACCUGCACUCGGGCAAGCAGUUCGACCUCAAAUACUUUCCCGAGGAGGACACUCAGCUGACCAUUCGAUCACUCGUCGUCGGUACCGUGCUCGGCUGUGUGAUUGCGGCUUCUAACGUAUACCUCGGUCUCAAGACUGGUUUCACCUUUGGCGCUUCGCUCUUCGGUGCGAUUCUUGGUUACAGUAUCAUCAAGCUCAUGCAGAAGACGCUCCCUGAAAAGCUUGGAGGUGGCUUCUUCGGUCCUCGUGAAAACUGCACCGUUCAGACCGCUGCUACCGCCGCCGGUUCGUUGACUGGAAUGUUCGUCGCCGCCGUUCCGGCAAUGUACCAGCUUGACCUGCUCCACGACCCUCUCAAGGACUUUGGCCGUUUGCUCACCUUCUCGGCCGUCUCGGCUUACUACGGCGUCUUUUUCGCCAUCCCCUUGCGCAAGUUCUACAUCCUCAAGCAAAAGCUCAUCUUUCCCUCGCCUACCGCAACCGCCUACACAGUCCGUUCUCUCCACGCUCCUGGAGGUGAGAUCACCGCCAAGAAGCAGUCGCGUGCUCUGCUCUACUCGUUCGCUGCCGCCUUCACCUUUGUGGUCGUCAACCAGUACGCCAGCGGUAUCCUCAUGGACUGGCACAUCUUCUACUGGCUCUACUCGUGGGGUUGGAAGAAGGCCCUGGUCGUCGACAACUGGGGUUGGAUCAUCGAAUGGACGCCGGCCUUCUUGGGCGCUGGUAUGCUCUCCGGUAUGAACGCUUCUUUCUCCUUCCUCGGCGGCUCCUUCCUCAUGUGGGCCAUGAUCGGACCCGCCAUCAUCGCCACCGGCCAGGCUGCCGGCCGUCACACGGGUAUGCUCGCUGAUCCUCCUGAGCCACUUCGAUGGGCCUACACCUCCAUGAACUUCGACCCCAACAAGCUGCCGCUCAACAGCGCUUCGCCUCGUUAUUGGGGUCUCUGGCCCGGUGUGCUCAUGAUGCUCGCCUACUCGUUCGCCGAGAUCGGCAUGAACGGUCCCACCAUCUACCGCGGUGUUCGCGCCGGUGCUUUGGAGCUUUACUGCAAGAUCACUCGUAAGGAGCCUCCUUCGUACGAAGACGCCAUUGCUGACCCGUGCGAGAAGAAGGACCAGGUUCCGCUAUGGGCCUGGACCUCGGGUCUUUUGCUGUCCAUCAUCUUCACUUGCCUGGUUUGCACUCUGCAGUUCCACAUGAACCUCGGCAACGUGGUCCUCGCCAUCAUCCUUGCGUUCCUCUUCUCCUUUGUCGGUGUUCAGGCUUCGGGUGCUACCGACACCAACCCAGUCGGAUCGGUUGCCAAGGCUUCGCAGCUUAUCGUGGGUGGUGCACUGCGUGGUCAGGGCAAGACCGGAGCUGCGGGUUUGCUCGAGAACUUGAUCGCCGGCUCAAUUGCUUCUUCCGCCGCUUCGCACGCCGUCGACAUGGUCGGUGACCUCAAGACCGGACACCUGCUGCGCGCCAAGCCACGCAACCAGUUCUGGGCGCAGAUCUUUGGUUCGUUCUGGUCCAUCUUUGUCUCCACCGGCCUCUUUGUCCUCUUCACCAAGGCUUACCCUUGCAUCACCAAACCAGAUGCCGACGAGUGCCCCUUUGCCGCUCCUGCUGUCGCCGCAUGGAAGGCGGUCGCAGUAGCGGUCAUCUCGCCCAAGCUCCCGGUCAGCUUGUCCUCCGGUAUGACGGCUAUCGGCUUCGCCAUCAUCUCGGUGAUCACUGUUGUGCUCAAGUACAAGGUUGUCCCCGCCAAGUACCACGUCUACGUGCCUAACUGGAAUGCCGUCGGUCUCGGCUUUGUUGUGCCCCAGACCUACUACCCAAUCGCCAUGUGCAUGGGUGCCACGACGGCAUUGAUCUGGAAGAACAAGCGUCCGCAGUCGUUUGACCUGCUCGCUUUUGCCAUCGCUGCAGGCCUGAUCGCCGGCGAGGGUAUGGCUGGUGUCUUCAACGCUAUCCUCACCAUCGUUGGUGUUGACGGCAGCAUCUACGGUACCACUGUCGGUCUGCCUCCUUGGUAA